UUGACUUAUUUGCUUCAUAAGUAGAUAUCCAUUUUUAUGGCCUGUUCUGAUGCUUAUCUAUCACAUUGCAUGUUCAGGUCCUGAUUAACUUCCUGGGGUUACACUAAAACCAGAAGCAGAAUUUCUAAAAUUGUUUGGCAAAGCUUUGUUUUUAUAGUAAUACUGACAUAAUCAAACCCAGCAAGCUCUAGAAAUGCUUUAGAAAAAAUAUAUUCCAAUUGCUUGAUUGCAGCAUUUUUGUUUAAAAUAUCAGAAUUCCCAAACCACACCUAGAAUAAAAAGCACUGGUUAAACUACAGAGAAGGAAGUUUUAUGGAGAGGUGUUAAGGCAGUCUUCCUAGCAGUCAAUUAGGCACUCGAAUCCAAGAUCUCCGCAGAUGGUUAAAAAACAAUCUGGACAAACACAUCAGGAAUAGACUCAAACACGUGAAAAGCAGGAUGUUCAUCUGGUCACAGGGUCACAAAGGCUCUUUUCCCCCUGCAGCUAUUUUAUUCAAAUAAUAUAGAAUGACAACCAACUAUAUUUUUAGAUAAUUAGUUCUGAAUUGCACUUCAAUACAGCAUCGGUAUUGCUGAUCCCAAAAAUCCUACUGCUUUUUGAAAAGCCAUUCUCUUAAAAAAAAAAAAGACUGAAAUACUGAAAGUUAAGUGGACCCAGGUAAAAAUGCAAGUUUAUACAGCAACUUACCAGAUUUCAAAUCCUAAGAAAAGCAGUUCCUUUCCCACUCCAUAAAUGUUCAUUCUAAAUAUUGAGUGAGUAAGCUGAAUGCUUAUUUUAUAAACAUGUCUACAAAACAUAUGGACUCUUACUGAAAAAAACACUAAGAAAAAUAAAGCCCCUUUUCACCAUGUGCUAGUGCAGUGUGCCAUGCCUUGCUUUUCAGGAAUACUGGUUUUAUCUGAGGAGUGUAAGCUAAAAUAUCAAUUUAUAAUGAAAAUCUGAUUAUCUUAAUUGCAAUAAAGCAAAUGAUACACUUAAUGGGACGUGCAUGCUCCUUCCAAGCAGCUCAUUGUAUUGCUGUAUCAGUUAAGAAAGCAAUAUGCCAUCUGCAGAUGUUUAUGUAUGAAACCCUGCAGAGGGAAAACAUUUGAACUACAGAACAGAUUAAAUAAUUGAAAAUGAAAUUGCAUGAUAAGGUGUUUGACAGGGUGGAGGGAAGCAGCACAGUGGAGGAAAAUCCAUCCCCAUGACUACUGGUCCUUCCUCCUCCCUGCUCACUGCUGUUCGUCUCCUCUUGGAUUCCAGAGCUCGUUUUAUUCCUCAGCUGCCUUCCCACAGCCUGGCAGCCUCAGCACUGCUGCAAAGUGGGGAUCUGAGCUUUGAUACACACAGAAGAAAGGAGAGUUUGAGUGUGGCUUUAGGAGACAUGGCUUUGCUCUGGACUCUUUCAUACAGAAAGAAGAUGUGUUUGCUGGCUCUGAGGGAAAAGAAAAAUUGUUAAAGCAGUGUGGAUAUGACUUGAAUUUUUCAUCAGGCUCUCAACACCAUUACUAGGGGAGAAGAAUGAUUUCCUUCCAGCUAGUUUUCCAGUAAUUUCACAGAGGAAUUAAGGUUGGAAGAUGCUUCAGGAUGGAUAAAGCUGUUCAGCACCCCAGCGAGAUCCUGAACCAAACUAUCUCUAACAUUAGCCUCUCUCAGUUCUUGAACUUUGAUACAUGCCACCUUUCCUCCCUUGCAGAGUUCUUGCUGAUUACAGCUUACACACUGGUUACACUGGUGGGGCUCGUUGGAAAUCUUUGCUUAAUUAUUAUAAUAAAGAGACGGAAAGAAGCUCAAAAUGUCACCAACAUUUUGAUUGCCAACCUCUCUUUAUCAGAUGUCCUGAUCUGUAUCAUGUGCAUUCCUGUCACAGUGGCAUACACCUUAAUGGACCACUGGAUAUUUGGGGAGGCAAUGUGUAAAAUUGGCUCUUUCAUACAAAGCCUGUCUGUCUCAGUCUCCAUUUUCUCACUUGUACUCAUUGCUAUUGAGAGAUAUCAGUUAAUUGUGAACCCCCGUGGCUGGAAGCCCAAUAUUUCACAUGCUUAUUGGGGAAUUCUUUUCAUCUGGGGGCUUUCCCUCAUCAUAUCCACUCCUUUUUUAGUAUUCCACCAAAUAACAGACGAGCCCUUCAAACAUUUGUCCUUCCACAGUGAUUUCUACAAGAACAAGGUGGCUUGCAUCGAGGCAUGGCCAUCUCUUACAGAGAGGCUGAUUUUCACCACCAGCCUGCUGGUUUUCCAGUACUGCUUCCCACUGGGCUUUAUUUUUAUCUGCUAUCUCAGGAUAUUCGUGUGUCUUCGAAGGAGAAGGGGUAAAAUAGACAGGAUGAGAGAGAAUGAGAACAGGCUGAGUGAAAACAAAAGGAUCAAUAUGAUGUUGGUGUCAAUCGUGGUGACCUUUGCAGCUUGCUGGCUGCCUCUCAAUAUAUUCAAUGUGGUUUUUGACUGGAACUACGAGGCACUAAUGAGCUGUAAUCACAACCUGGCAUUUACAAUCUGCCACCUUGUGGCCAUGAUCUCGACAUGUAUCAAUCCCAUCUUUUAUGGAUUUCUGAACAGGAACUUCCAGAAGGAUUUGGUAGUGCUAGCUCACCACUGCAGGUGCUCAGCAUCACAAGAGGAAUAUGAAAAUAUUGCCCUUUCAAACCUGCAAACAGAUGCAUCUAAGGGGUCUCUGAAGUUAAAUAAUCCCCAUGUGGAUAUAUAAAACAAUCUAAUUGCAGCUUCCAAAAUUCUGUAUUUUGCUGCAGACGGCCUCUUUCUGCAGGUCUUGGUCAUGUCACCACCAGGUUUAGAGGAGGUCUUUGCCAUUUAGUUCAGCAAAACCAGGAUUAUGCUCCCAUAGGCACAGUCUUAACAGGUACUUUAUGAUAGUAUUAAUGCUGGUAAAACCACUUCCAACAGCCCUAAAGAUCAAUCAUAAUAAAUUACAAACAGUAUUAACAUCUUACUUUUUUAAUCCAGUUUUGAAGUCACUGGCAUGCUACCUUAACUCCAGUAAAAAUGUUUCCCUUUCAGCCACUGAUGGGGUUGUCCUUCCUAAACACCUGUCUUCCCCCAGGUAAACCCUGAACACUCUGCUAUUCCUAAUUUCAGCAUCCUUUCACACACUGUUUUCUGGCAUUUUUAUUUUCCAGCCCUACACCAAUCUGCAGAUUAGAGGCAGUUCACACUGUAAGGAAGGCCCUGGAAGUUACCCUAAGACUCCACCACCUUCCUUUCAGCCCCCUCAUGCAGUUUGCUUUGGCUCAGUACCAGUUCAGCCCAGAAAUUGUAUUUUAACAAGGGAAAAGCUAAGAGCUGGAUUUUUUUUAUGAACACUAAAACAGAACCCAUUUGAUGUACUAGAUGUUUCACUCAGAAUGAUGUUGUUCAAGAUGAAAUAUAUAUUUAGCAUUUCUCCUAAAAGCAUUGCAUUCUCCAAAGCACCAGUAAAGAUUCAUUGUUUUCUCUCUUACCAUCAUCACUGCUCCUCACAACAGACCUUUUAGAAUCUCCAUUACCAAAACAACCCAGUAUGAAUUCAGAAUCAAUUUUAUUCUAGCUACUUAUUCAGAUUUCUCUUUCAGUAGAAAAUUAAGUUUGCAUUUAAAUUUCAGCAAUAUUUUCCCCCAUAUUUCUGCACUAGCAAGAGGGCACACUCAAGCAGAUGUGGUCAUUUCUGUUCACAGAAACACAAUUUCUGUAUUUGAAAACAUUUUCUUUUGUAACAGAGUGCAGAGAAGCCUAAAGGGAUAAUACUGAACACAACUUUUUUUAAACUAAAACAUUUUAAAAACCACUUUCCAGUGUGGCCAUAAAAAAGUAGCCAAACUUCUUCAUCCAUGAUAGUGGCAACAUAAAUAAUCAGUUAACAUUGACCUGUUUAAACACAAUACUUAGAACACUUUAGUCCAAAAAUUCACCAUGCUUCCUCGUGUUCAAAUUUAAUAUAAUUAAUUACUUGUACUGCUAAACCCCCCCUAUUUCUUCUGGGUUUCAAAACCCCUCUUUCUAACACUUGUACAUAAGGUCCCUUGUAAAGUAUUCUCCAACUGUAGCAAUUUAUGAAUGCCCCACUUAAGCAAAAAGAAUUCACAUUCACAUUUCAGUGAGCUCUUUGAUGACUCAGCUGGGAUGGAACUCACCUUAAGGCUGUGAAGUUCUCUUGCAGAGGAAACACUGCUUUCCACGGGCAUCCAGUUCCUAAAGGGUUUGGGCACAGCUCUCCUGUUGCAGCAUUAGUUCAGAGUGCCUGCACCACCCUGCUCAUCACAGGAGCUCUGCCACAAGAGCCCCAGCAGCUCCUGCAGAUGCUCAGGUUUGUGAAGUGCCCCAGAUCCACACUGAGGGAAAAGACCUCGGUGAAAUCCCUUUGUGUCUGAGCCCUUAGAAAUCAUAAAGGCAGCCCCAUCACAAGGGUAAGGAUGGCAGAAUCAAUGACAUGGUAAUCAAGUAUCUGAGUGAUAGGUAUGGAUUAGCUUUGGCAUCAUUUAGGGGUUUUUUCUAAUUAAAUCAAAUAUCAUGCAUUUGGAAUUGAUUACACAAACCUUAACAUCAUAGAAAAGAAACCAGGAGACAGCUAAAUACUAAAAAAGGCCAAUGAUCAGACUGCUGAGAGUAUCUCAGCAUUGACUAUUCCUGUGAACUUCCACCCAGCUCACUGGGCUGCCUUUAUUGCUGAUACUCUUCAUCUGUGUGCCCAGCACAAGAGGCAUUUCAUCGAGUUAAGAGCAGUAGCUUGCAGUCAGUGGCACUGGGGCUGUGCAUGCUCAGAGGGGCUGGGCUCUGGCCAAGGGGAGGGGAUGGAGCUGCUGCUCUCACCCCUGAGACCCCCGAGUAACAAAGUGAUUCACUGUCCUCAUUGCACCUGGCUACACUGAGAGCAAAUCUGAUCCAGGAACUUCACUUUUCCUGGGGAUCCCAAUGCCUGUACUGAAAACCAUCCACUCCUGUCAGAAAGUAAUUUCCUAACAGUGUUGUAACAAAUGCUGGUGUCACACCUGCCAGAGGCUGGGCCAUCAACUGAAUUUCCCUGGGUUUGGAACACAAAUCUCUAUCACCAUCUUCCUUGAAUUUAAAUACGCUUUUACAGCUUCAGGGCCCAUGUUUAAAGCAUUUCAGAAGCACAUGGCAUUCACAAUUUACUCUAAUUUAUUAAUACUAGGAUAGCAGUUCAGAUUACUCUCAUUGGCAAAUAUCUCAGACAGUAUUUAAAGUUUGAAUCAGGCCCAGCUGAGAUUCCCAUGUGUGAGCUUGGCCUGAGUGGCUCCCAUCCCAUCCCAUCCCAUCCCCCAGGUGUGCUUACUUUUACAGCAGAGGUGGUCUCAGUGUCAUGUUCCAAGUGGUUUUAAAGCAGCCAUGAAAUGAAUUCUGGUUCAGAUAAUGUGAUGCUGAUGGAUGGUCUCUCUGCUGUCUCUCCAUGGAAGCACUUGGGCAGUAUGUAUUAGACAGGCAAAAAAAAGGAGAUUGCCAUCACUUUUUGUAGUAGCAAUUGUCUACUCCUGACAUCCUGAUCAGAGUUAAGCACUCAAUUUUUCCUUCCAGUCUGAAAUGCUUGGCAUAAGAGGGUUCUUCAUUAGCAGGUGGGAGCUCUCUGAGCAAUGACACUGCUUCAGAAUCAAAAGUGAACAAUAAUACUUGUGCCUUGAUUUCUCCUUCUCAUUUCUUUCUCACAAUUUCACUUGACUCAAGUGUUGAUGGAUGCUCCAUUUCUGUCCUGAGCAUUCAAUCAUCAAGAAUCUCUCCUCAGAGCUGCACUUGCAGCAAUCAUUGUUAACAGAGCAGAGGAUCCUCACUGUCCCAGACGUCACUCUCAGUGCUGCACAUUCUCUCCCUCAUCCACUGCCUUCCUCUGCAUCCUGGUCCUGAGCUUCCAAGCAAGUCAGGAGGAGCCAAUUGACUGUGACAGGAAUAGGAACAAAGAGGAAUCACUUGUUUUUAAAGCAUAAGUAUUAUGGACUCCAACAUGAUGUGUGACAGCAGUAAAUGGAACUGCAAUAACUGGUACUAAAGAUUGCUCAAGUUCAACUAGCAAAUGUUGCCCUGUCUUGGGUAAUGCUGAUGACUUUAUUUUCCCUUGUUUUAUUGGUAUAGCCAAGUAGAAAAUAUACUAACAGCAUUUCUCAGCAGAAAGUUGUUAACUGAUGCAGCCAGCUGGAGAACUGUGAGCUGCCUUGGGGAAGCAGCACCAUGGAACUAACUACAGAAACCUAGAGGGGGAGCCUGAACUCCCAGUGCUGUUCCAGCACAGAAAGUCUUAGAUUUUAAAAACUAAAAACUGUGCCAGAGCUUUGUUUGAGUGGUUUGGUCAUGCAGACCAGACCAAUGUAUUUAUAAACAUCUUUGUAAAUGAACUGUGUCCUUAUAUGUCUGUGUAUUUUAUGGUGGAUUGGUUUCACUUUAAGCACCUAUAACCUUAUAACUAGGGUUAGAUACUUGGGAACUGCCAUUCACUGUGGAGAUUAUUCCAUUGAGCAAAGAGCUCAGUUGAUUAUUGACCGUAAUCCUGUCUGUGGACAAAGGCAGUGCCAGUGCUGUGUGUGAUUUAAAGACUUUGAUUUCUCCCAUUGACUGACAAAUAAAUAUUGUGCUGUGUAAAACCA